AUGUCUGAAGAUUGUGAAUGGAGGUUUAAGACUUCUAGCAUUAACAAAUCACAAUUAUUCAAAGUGAGAGAGUUCAAUGAUAAGCAUACAUGUCCGUUGAAGGAUAAGGUGUAUGAGCAACAUCAGGCAAGUAGCAGCCUUAUAGGUGGUAUGAUUAGGCCCAAGCUUACAAAUCAUAAGAGGAAAUACACCCCAAAGGAUAUCAUUGAUGAUGUGAAAACUGAUUUAGGUGUCGAUGUUAGUUACAUGUUGGCAUGGCGGGCUAAAGAAAAGGCAAUGAAUUUUUUGAGGGGUGAACCGGCUGAUUCAUACAAUAAAUUACCAGGAUACUUGUAUACAAUGGAUAUGACAUAUCCUGGUUCGCACAUUAGAAUGGUAAAAUUCCCACAAAAUGAGUUCAAGUAUGUGUAUAUAUCCUUGUAUGCCUUUAUAAAGGGGUUCGAUCAAUGUAGACCCAUUGUGGUUGUGGAUGGAAGCCACUUAAAAUCGUAUUAUACUGGGACUUUCGUCUCGGCCAGCACUUUGGAUGGUGCAGGUCAUAUACUUCCAAUAGCAUAUGAUGUUAUUGAUUCAGAGAACGAUGCUGCUUGGACGUGGUUCUUUGAGCAAUUCAAGGAAGCAUAUGGUGAGAGGGAAAGCAUGUGCAUCGUUUCUGAUAGGAAUGAAAGUAUCAUCAAGUCCGUAUCAAGAGUGUAUCCAACUGUACCACAUUUUGCUUGUAUAUGGUAUCUUUGGAACAACGUAUAUAAGAAAUUAAAAAAGAGUCAUUCAAAGUUAAGCGAGAUAUACUUCUCAAUGGCAAAAGCGUACACACAGGCUGAGUUUGACAGUCUAAUGGAGAAGGUGGAGAAGGUAGAUAUUAGGGUGAAGGAAUACUUGGAGUUAGCUGGAUACGAAAUGUGGGCUAGGUUGUAUGCACCUGUCAACAGGGGAUGGACAAUGACGUGA